UUUAGCUUAUUGGAAAAAAAAAUCAAUCAAUCAUCUUUAACGGAUUCAUUGUUCCUCACCGCAGAGACAAUAGAAGCAAGCCAUUAUUUGUUCCCGUUUAUGCUGUUAUAUCACACCUGAACGAUCAUUCAUAUGAAGACCCCCUCAGUCCUGCAGAUGGCAGCAAAGACAGACAUAAAUUCACUUAGAAAACUCGCAGGCCUGUCUACACGCUUCAGUGAAUCGAUCAGAGUGUAUUAUCUUCCGCUUGUUGCCUGAGUGUGAACGGCGUUUUAAUAACAAUAACGAUCAUAAGUUGCUCCGAAAGCGUUAUCCUCCCCACCUAGCUAACAAAAGCGCCUCCGGGAAACUCCUUGACUUUAAGUUUAUAGGACAGCCUAAGUUAAACCGUUUACUGUGACCUGCCAGUACCCAGAUAUAAACCCAACAUUUCACACUUACAUACAUUUAAUUGUACGAGUUUAUAGCCUACCGCGACAGCAGGCUAAAGUUAGACUAGCCUACUGACGACUAACACUAAAACCCGCCUAUCUAGAAAAGAAAACAUAUCUGUAAUAUGAACACAAGGGUCAGUGAAUUUAACCCGUGACAUAAAAUUACACCAUAGCCCGCAUUAAUUAGGACGUGGAGGUUCAUUAAGAAAACUAAUGUUUACGCGCGGUUUAAACAGCCGCGCGCUCCUAAACUAAAUUCAGCUGCCCGGGUUAUUUAUUUUUGCGCGCGCGCGCUUCGGGAGAUAAAACUAAACGGGACGAACGUCGCGCAGACGGGAAAAGCGAGGAUGUCGCAAGGAGCUCCCUCCCAAACGCUCGAGCGUCUUCUUAUAGGAUGGGUGGGACGCGCGACGCGCACCCCGGUCACCCUCGACCCGCUCCAGAGAGCCGCCAGUGCGGGAUUUACCGCUCAGCGCUAAGAUGCUCCUCGCAGUCUCCGUCUUGUUCUUGUGUCCGGUUUUCCGUUGCCAGAUAACCGAGGACGCGGACUUCGCGGCUCCUGACACGGACCCGACAGCGGUAGAGGCUCCUCUGAGAAUCCCGCGGCAGGUGAAAACGCUUCUGACCAAGGAAACUAAACCUCACAUUCAGGAGCUGUCGGUCCAGACCACCAUCAUUUCCAGCUAUGCCUUCACUGCGGUGUCUUGCAGCAUGCUCAACAGACACUCGGCCGCCGCCAAGGGGGUGUUUCAGUUCCUCGUCCCCACCGCGGCGUACGUCUCCAACUUUACCAUGAUCGUGGGCGGACGAGUGUUUCCCAGCCAGGUGAAGGCCAAAGAGAAAAAGAUGCAGAAGGAAGGUGGAGAAAACAACGGCAAGAAGAACAAGAGCGCACCGGAGCAGAGUAAGGGUGAGAUGGAGGCGUUUCAAAUGGAAGUAACAAUUCCUGGACGCAACCGUGCGGUCUUCCUCCUGACCUACGAGGAGCUGCUGCAGAGACGACUGGGCCGCUAUGAGCAUGUGACCAGUGUUCGGCCAAAGCAAUUGGUCAGCAGACUCAGCGUGGGCGUUACCAUAGUGGAGCACUCUCGCUUCACUUACCUAGAAGUCUUACCUCUACGAAAUGGCAAGACUGCAUCUUCCAAUGGAAACGGUAAAGCAGGACCACCAGUUUCCACAUUAAUCAAGCAAAACGAAACCUUCUGCAAGAUCAGCUUCACUCCUAGCAUCGUCCAGCAGGCCAAGAUUGCCAACAACGGCAUGCUGGGAGAAUUUGUGGUGCGUUAUGAUGUAGAGAGAGAAAUCGGCAUCGGCGAUAUACAGGUACUAGAUGGACAUUUUGUACACUAUUUUGCCCCCAAAGACCUGCCUGUCGUGCCAAAGAAUGUUGUAUUUGUGAUCGACACCAGCGCUUCCAUGGUCGGAACCAAAAUGAGACAGACCAAAGAAGCUCUGUUCACGAUCCUACGCGAGCUGCGGCCCAAUGAUCACUUCAAUUUUGUCACUUUUUCCAAUCGAGUCCGUGUGUGGCAGCCGGGCAAACUUGUGCCCUUCACGCCCAACAAUAUACGUGACGCCAAGAAGUUCAUCUACAUGAUCUCACCCACCGGAGGCACUGACAUCAAUGGUGGCAUUCAGACAGGCUCUGCCCUGCUCAGUGACUACCUCUCCAGCAAAAAAGAGUCCCAUCACAACAGCGUGUCGCUCAUAAUCUUCUUGACCGAUGGGCGGCCCACCGUCGGUGUGGUUCAGAGCCCGGUCAUCAUUGGCAACACGAAAACGGCAGUGCAGGAGAAGUUCUGCCUCUUCACCAUCGGGAUGGGUGAUGACGUGGACUACAGGCUCUUGGAGAGGAUGUCCCUGGAGAACUGUGGAACCAUGAGGAGAAUCCCGGAGGAUGCAGAUGCCAGCGUCAUGCUCAAAGGCUUCUACGAUGAGAUCGGCACUCCGCUGUUAUCCGACAUCCGGGUUGAGUACUCCGAGGACGCCGUGGAAUACGUCACCCAGAACCUGUUCACGAACUACUUCAACGGCUCCGAGAUCGUCGUGGCCGGAAAACUGACCAAUCGCAGCUCGGACUCGCUGCACAUUCAGGUUACCGCCAGCAACAGCGAGCGAAGCAUCGUGUUGGAGAAAGACGUGUCGGUAACCGAGCGAGAGCAGGAAACCGAACGCCGGCUGGCCGAGGCGGAGGCGGGUCCGAACGGCGACGGUUACGUGGAAAGGCUGUGGGGAUACAUGAGCGUCAAAGACGGGCUGAAAGGACGACUGCGCAGCCAGACGAGCGCGGAGCGGGAAAAUCACACGCAACGCGCUACAAAUCUUUCGCUGACGUAUAAUUUCCUCACGCCGCUCACGCAAAUGACAGUGGAGAAGCCGCAAACGUUGGCCGACGGAACUUUAGCACAGGCUCAGAAAGAGGCGGAGGCCACAGAGGCCCCGCCCGCUUCUGAGUCAUCCAAUCAGCUGUCGGAAGACGACAACAGCCUAACACCCCAGAGCCUGCAGAGAAAUGAACCGCCCAAGCCGAUUUCUGCGGUCUCCAAGGCAACAAGUGGCGUCAGCAAACCCGCCAAAAAGUCUGUCACCUUAUCCAAAACAUCCGCUGACGGCGACCCUCAUUUCGUGGUGGAGGUUCCUCACAGUAAACUGACGAUGUGUUUCAACAUUAACGGGGAGCCGGGACACGUUCUCAGACUGGUGACUGACCAUAAACACUCAGGCGUGACUGUGAACGGAGCGCUGAUUGGAGCUCCUGCUCCAGCUGGCAGUCACAAAGAACAGAGGACAUAUUUCAGCACCAUAACUAUAGUAGCCGAUAAACCGCACCGCUCUUACAUUGAAGUGACCCCACAGAAGGUCAUACUGGACGACCGAGACCGGAUGAUCCUUCCGUGCAGCUCAAGCGUUUCCGUCGAAACCCCGAACCUGGCUGUGGUCAUUAUCGCCAACGCCAACCUGACAGUGACCAUCCGAGGAACCAUCCAGUUCGUCGUCUUAUUCCACCAUUACAAAAACCCGGCACCCUACCAGAGGGAUCACCUGGGGUUCUACAUCUCUAACAGCAAAGGAUUGAGCAAGGACACGCACGGGCUGCUGGGCCAGUUCCUGUAUGAAGACAUUGGAUUGACGCAACUUUCCGGAAAUUUCAGCACGGCCGGAGAAAACCGAACGCAGGAAACGCUAGGGAAAAAUAUCACUCUGACAAGUUACCCUGCUUUAAAGGUGAAGGACCGCACUGUCGCUGUCAUGAAGAAGAGCAGGCGAAUCUACUCCGGGAAGCAGACUGUAGACUGCUGGUUUGCCAAAAAUAAUGCGGCUAAACUGAUUGAUGGACAAUACAGUGAUUACGUUGCGUCACAUCUGUUUGACACAGGAGACUGGGCUAAUGGAACCAACACACACUGAGACACACACACACACACACACACACACACACACACACUAUAAUUCUAUUGGACUGAUGGGUCAUGACCCAGAUCUAUUCACACAAACACUUUAAACGCCACCAGCAUUAUUUUUAAGUACAUGAUUUAUAUACAGUGAUGUCUGAACAUGUUAUUUUACUGUUUUUAUUGUAGCAACCUACAAAUAUGUAUUAUAUAUUUUUAGCUAAUAUAAAAGACUGUUUGGAAAACAUUUUUCACCAAUAAAUUAAAUUUUAACAAUGGUCUUUUCUUUUUUUUUUUUGGUAAAUAACACAAAAGAAAAUAAUUUUUAUGAAAAUAGACACAACUUUGAUGAAAUAUGCUUCUACUUUUAAUUCAAAAGCCAAACUAUUUUACUGUUGAAUUCUCAGUGAAGUACUCCACUACCCAUAAUCCCUAAAUGAGAUCAACCAAUCAGAGAUUAUAGAUAUAGGUGGAUAGAAUUUUUGUAUUAUUUACUUACUAGUCUAUAUAUAUAU